UGAACUGGACGAUCUCUCCCUUUUCUCUUGGUGGGUUGAAUAUGAUAAUAUUUAAUUUCCUUUUCGUGUAAUUUUUUGUAAUUUAAAAAUACAUUUCGAUUUCGUAAGCGGAAGAACAUUACGCUUACACAUGGCGUUGAUUUCGAUGCGUAAUGUUCUUUGGGUUGGUCAGCCAUUUCGUUCUUCCGAUUCUGUGUUUGGAGGCUGGUUAAACUUAACUGAUGAAGGACGACCGGAAGGAACGAAGAGUAAUAUUUGAAGUUGAUGUUUCGGUAAACUGGAGGAUGCAUGAGAAAUGGCCUGCAGUUCUGUUUUUGCUCACGUCUGUCAUGACUUUCCAUGUAAGAGGGGAUUCAGGAGCAUUUGUGGGGAUAAAUAUUGGCACUCAUGUUUCCAGUCUUCCACCUGCCUCAGAUGUGGUUUCAAUGCUCAAACAGUACGAGUUUACGCAUGUUAGACUCUAUGAUGCCAAUGCCCAAUUACUCAAAGCCUUUGCAAAUAGUAGCACCGAAGUAAUGGUUGGUGUUACAAAUGAGGAGGUUCUAAAGAUUGGAAAGUCUCCAUCAGCUGCUGCUGCUUGGGUUAAUAAGAAUGUUGUACUUUAUACACCUGCAACCAAUAUAACAGCUAUUGCUGUAGGCAGUGAGGUUCUUACCUCAAUCCCUAAUGCAGCCCGAGUCUUGAUUCGUGCCAUGAAAUACCUUCAUAAAGCCCUUGUUGCUGCAAACCUAAAUCUUCAAAUAAAAGUUUCAACACCCCAGUCGAUGGAUGUCAUUCUUACCUCUUUUCCUCCCUCUACAGCCACAUUCAAUUCUUCAUUGAACUCCACCAUUUACCAACUCCUUCAGUUUUUGAAGAAGACCAACUCCUACUAUAUGUUAAAUGUUUAUCCUUAUCAUGGAUACAUUAAAGGAAAUGGAAAUUUCCCACUCGAUUAUGCUCUUUUCCAGCCACUGUCUAUAAAUCGGCAGAUUGUUGACCCAAACACACUCCUCCACUAUAACAACAUGUUUGAUGCCAUGUUGGAUGCAACCUAUCAUUCAAUAAAAGCUCUCAACUUUUCUGACAUCCCUAUUGUGGUCACAGAGUCUGGUUGGCCAUGGUCUGAUGGAGCCGAUGAACCUUAUGCAACCAAGCAAAAUGCUGAGAUAUAUGUUAACAAUCUUAUCAGUAGGGUUCUGAAUGGUUCCGGUCCACCUAGCGAGCCAACUAAACCUGUUAACACGUACAUAUAUGAGUUGUUCAGUGAAGAUCAGAAACCUGAGCCUAUGUCACAGAAAAACUGGGGAGUUCUUUCAACUAAAGGUUCUGCUAUAUAUCGUUUGAGUUCAUUAUCCAGCAGAGUCGCUGGAAGUUCUUCUGUUGUUUACUGUGUGGCAAAAGAUGGUGCAGAUCCUGGGAAGUUGCAAAAUGGUCUGAACUGGGCUUGUGGUCAAGGUGGAGCUAAUUGUUCUGCUAUUCAACCAGGGCAGCCAUGCUUUCUUCCCGAUAACAUUGUAAACCACGCUUCUUAUGCUUAUAAUGACUACUAUCAGAAAAUGCAACUCAAUGGUGGAACUUGCAACUUCGAUGGCACAGCAACGUUAACUAAUACUAAUCCAAGUCGAGGAUCCUGUGUAUACACUGGAAGUGUUAAUCCAAGCGGUGGGAAUGGAGCUUCACCCCCAACUCCUUCACUGACCCUGGGGCCUUCCAGCGAUUUCCUCCCCCCCAGUUCAAGUUCAAAACUUGAUGCCAGGCAGUUUCACUUCUUGUCGUCACCCAUGCUUUUAUCUGCUUUCUUUCUGCUCUUGACUUGAAGUUGCCAGCACUUUUAGGUUCUUAAGCUAUUUAUUGAAGGAGCAGUCUUCAACUUGCAGUUUCAAGGAAAGCUACCAAGGGAUGCAAAGGUUCAACAUUUUGAUUGAACUUCUUGUACCAGAGUAUGUAUAUUAUGUACAAAUCCUUUGUAAUUAUAUAAAUAGAAUUAAUGAAAUGUGAUUGGACCAAUAUACGAACAUUAAGAU